CCACCCCAUCAAACUCAUAAAUGGGAUGAAGUAAUUGAAUAUGCAUUCCUCGCCGACUUUGACCUACUGCAUGAUGCUCAAGAAGAUGUGUCAGAGCAUCCAUGGGCGACGCCAGCUGCUCGUCAAGCAAUGGAUUUGCACUUUAAGAUGUGUUGUGCCAAGGAAGUAAUACUUUGCAUCAAUGUUGAGACUCAGCAUUUGGCAACAUACAUUCAAGAUGAGGACCACUACCUAUGUGCUUGCGAGGCACAAAUGCUGCCCUUGGAACCUGCUCUUACCUACCAGAUCGGACUUGACGCCUAG